CGCAGACGUCAAAAAGCAUACACACAGCGCCCAUUGACUCAAAAACAACUGGGUUAUACUACCAGGAGUACUUGAAUCAGCAUAUAGUCCUUUUUUGCAGCCAUGGCGUCGCAGAUCCAUUUUCUAGACAUCAAGGGUAAACCCUUGCUUUCUCGAGAUUACAAAGGAGAUAUCCCCACCAACACCAUCGAGAAGUUCCCGCUCCUACUCUUGGAGCUUGAGAACGCCGCUGAUGAUGGUGACUUCAAGCCGUUUGUACACAGUCAGGGAAUCAACUACAUCUUCAUCAACCAUAACAAUCUCUAUCUCUGUGCCUUGACACGGAAGAACGAGAACAUCAUGGCUAUCAUCGUAUUCUUACUGAAGUUAAUAGAAGUGUUGACGCAGUACUUUAAGUCGCUUGAAGAGGAAUCAAUACGCGACAACUUCGUGAUAAUCUAUGAGUUGUUGGAUGAAAUGAUGGACUACGGUGUACCCCAGACCACAGACACCAAGAUCCUCAAGGAGUACAUAACCCAAGACUACUACAAGUUGGUGAGAAGCACACCUUCGCAUUUGGUCCAGCCACCCAAUGCCGUCACAAAUGCGGUGUCGUGGAGAAAGGACGGCAUUUUCUACAAAAAAAACGAAGCUUUCUUGGAUGUGGUGGAAUCUAUCAACAUGUUGAUCAACGCCAGUGGACAGGUGUUGAACAGUGAGAUAUUGGGAGAGGUCAAAAUCAAGUCCCACUUGAGUGGAAUGCCAGAUUUGCGCUUGGGAUUGAACGAUAAGGGCAUUUUCAGCUCUAGUUCCGAUCUUGAGGCCGGCGAACAAACUGCCAACGCUAAAGGUAUCGAGAUGGAGGAUAUCAAAUUCCACCAGUGUGUCAGAUUGUCCAAGUUUGAAAAUGAACGUAUCAUUACUUUCAUUCCACCCGAUGGUGAAUUUACUCUCAUGUCGUACCGGUUGUCGUCGGCGCAAUACUUGAUGAAGCCGCUUCUCUUGGUCAACUGUAAAUUCAAAGUGCACAAACACCUGAGAAUUGAGAUUCUCUGCUCCAUCAGGGCUCAGAUUAAAAAGAAGUCAACUGCCAACAAUGUUGAAGUCAUCAUCCCCAUCCCAGAAGACGCAGAUACCCCCAAGUUUGUGCCUGAGUACGGAACUGUUAAGUGGAUUCCUGAAAAAUCGUGUGUCAUCUGGAAAUUGAAGACUUUCCCCGGAGGCAAGCAGUUCCAUAUGCGUGCCGAAUUGGGAUUACCUGCGGUGACAGACCCCGAAGACAUACUCCUGAAAAAGCCCAUCAAGGUCAACUUCUCCAUCCCGUACUUCACCACGAGUGGCAUCCAGGUCAGAUACUUAAGAAUCAACGAGCCCAAGUUGCAAUACCAGUCAUACCCCUGGGUCCGCUACAUCACCCAAAGUGGAGACGACUACACCGUCCGGACAAAGUAGAGUUCAUAGAGAAUAGGAAGUAUAGGAGUUGACAUAAUUAUGAUGUAACU